CAGAGCGUCGGUGCGAACGUUGGCUAAAGGCUAUAAGGCGAAAAGAUCGUGAAACCACAUUACAAGAAAUUAACAAGCUUUGUGGACAUAAUAAGGAAUCUUUAGAAAUUAUUCGUGGCUUAGCCUGGCAGUGAGUUGCGGAAAAAAAUAGAGUUUAGAAAAGAAUCGCCGCCAUGUCGAUGGAUCCGUCAGUAUCGAUCGAAGAUUUGGAGCGCCGACGUCGACGUGCCAGCGCUGCCAGCGCAGCCCGCAAAGCCUCAAACACACCGCAACCGCCAGCACAAUUCGGUCAUGACUCCGAAGCCAUGGCUGUCAUCAAUGAGAUAUUUAACCCCACAUUGAAGCUGCCCGAGUCUAGCGGUCAUUACCGCCUGCCCGAUGAGCUGCGUGCGGAUGAUCAUGUGGCGCCACAGGAUCUGGAUAUAGCCAAGCUGGCGGAACUGAAGGAAGUUUUCUCCCUUUUCGACACGGACUGUGAUGGACUAAUCUCCAAAGAUGAUUUACGCUUCACGUACACGGCACUGGGUCAUGAGCCCAACGAGCAACUGAUGGAGCAAAUGAUGGAGGAGGCCCAGGAACCACUCACCUAUGAGGCUUUCGUUCAGCUAAUGUGCAGACGCACUGUGGAAUUAGAUCCGGAGGAAGUGCUGCUGGAGGCUUGGAGCAAGUGGGAUGAUUACGGCACCGGCAAAAUCGAUGAGCGCAAAAUCUACGAGGAAUUGACCAACUACGGCGAUAAAAUGAGCAUCAGCGAGGCCAAGGAGGCACUGAGUCAUGCGCCAAUGGCCAAGCCAAAGUCAUUGGAGGAACCGCCCAUGAUUGACUAUCCGGCAUUCUGUCGCAUGCUUGGUGGCAUGCGUAAGCGCAAGGGCGAGUAGCCGCUGAAGCACCUGUCCAAAGGAAUCUCUUCUCUUACCUUUAAAACUUAACGCCAACUUUUGUUAGACUUUUUAUCAAAAUAAAUCGUGAAGAACAGAGAAAAGCACAGAG